UGCGAGGAGCCGGAGGUUUGCAGGUCGCCGCCAGCCCCCCUGCAGGCCGAUCGCCUCCGCCAGGGAGUGCUGUCCCGUCGGAUGGGAUUGCUCGGACUCGUACUUGAUCACGGUGCCCAAGGUGUUCGUGCGGGGAGGCCAGUCGACCGUGUGUGUUUCCUCGAGGACGACCCGCCUAUCUCGGUCAACCUCACUUUGACGAUGAUGGUCGAGAAGGACGAGGUUCACGUCACGGUUGUCGAGACAGUGUCGACCAAUCGCGUGUGUGUGGACUUCCCCGUGCCUGACGGCGGCGACACCUCAGCCGCCCUUCUCAUCGAGGGGGGCAUCGGCGAGGUCCUCGUGUCUAAGGAGCUGAGGAUCAGCCUCGUCUCCGUCGGCAGGACUUUCGUGCAGACGGACAAGUACCUGUACGAGGAGGGGCAGUCGGUGAAGUUCCGCGUGCUGAGCGUCGAGGGCGAGAGGGCCGCCAUCUCCUACGAGGACCUGGACGAGGUGUGGGUAACCUCGCCGACGGAGACGCGGCUGGUGCAGUGGCUCAACGUCAGCAACAGCCGCGGCCUCGUGCAGCUCGAGUUCCCGCUGGCCGAGCACGUGCAGGAGGGAGCGUACACAAUCCACGUGAGAACUGGAGGACGUGUUACAGCCCAGGACUUCAAGGUCGAGCCAUACGUACUACCGAGAUUCGAGGUCACUCUCAACCUUCCACCUUACACGCUUGUCUCCCAGACCCUGAUCACGGUCGAAGUCUGUGCUGAUUACACGUAUGGGCAACCCGUAACAGGCAGCGGCAGUCUCUUUGUGAAGAAGAACAGGUACUAUUAUUUCGAAGAUACAAAGGACGACGUUCUUACCAUCCCAAUCCCGACCUUCAGCGGUUGCACGGACGUCGAGGUGGACACCGGCCUCAUCGACACGGUGGGUUACGGCUUCAUAGGGGUUCUUGCCCUGACAGCUGACAUCACCGAGGAAGGCACCGGACUCAUGGCCUCAGGCGCCGCGACCCUCGAGCUGGCCUCCCAACGCCUCUCCUUCGCGUGGAUUAGCCGAGGGAAGGAUGCCAAGCCGGGCUUGCCCCUCGAGAUGCAGAUUCAGGCGAGGUUCCCAGACCAAUCAGGAGCCCCAGACGUCGAGGUAACAGCCUGUGUCGAAACCGCGUGUAAAGACUUCGUGACUGACGAGCACGGUGUCUUCUCGGUGGUCGUGCCUCCCCACCUCGUGAAACCUUACGGCAAUCUCAAGGUAACUCUGGCGAACGAAGACAAACAGGAAGGAAACCUUGGCAACCUUUACCCGUCGGUGGGCUACUUCUACUUCGAUGUCUACUACUCUGAGUCGAACUCCAGUCUCUCUCUUGUCAUCCCGACGGACGCUGUCGACUGCACUCCUGGAGGGGACAUUAGCCUGUCUCUGCCGGUGCUCUUCGUGGCCAACAACAUCAACCAGGCUCUGAUGAGACUGCAGGUGAUAUCAAGGAGCCAGGUGAUACUCGUUGAUUCCUUCGUCCAAGACCUGGUGGCUUCGGACUUGGCUCUAGAUGAAGACGCGCUCCUGGAACCAGUGAAGGAUCUCGACGAAGGAUUUGUCAGGGGAUCCUUCUCUGUCCAGCUGGAACUCCCGUACUAUGCGUCGCCCUCUGUCAAUGUUUUGGUCUGGUAUUCCACCGCGGCCGGCGAGGUGAUCGCAGGCUCUGGCACCGUGGAGGUCGGCGCCUGUCUGCCCACCGUCGCCAGCCUGGCAUGGGCCCCCGCUGGCCCCGCGGCGCCCAAAGACAACGUUCAGAUCACUAUCACAGCGUCGCCGAACUCCAUCUGCUCGCUGGGCGUCGUUGACAGGAGUGUCGAAAUCCUGUCCAGAGGGAAAACGGGCAGCCUGUCAACCGCCGCCGUGUUCCAGCUUUUAACGGCAACCGAACCCUACAAGUGGUUGGGCAGCCAAAUUGAUAAUUAUGGUUAUUGCUCAGGAGAUACCAGUCCACCAUUCAAUGAAGAUGUCGUAGAGAUAGGAGAAAUAGCCAAACGUAGUUACUACUGGAUGCCGUAUACAACCUCGUACAUAGAUGCCUUGUCAGCUUUCAAUGAUGCAACCCUACUGGUGGUUUCUGAUUUGACAAUUGAAACACGACCCUGCGAAGUACCAGAUUUCGGUGGAUUUGAUAUGUAUGGCGGAGGUGCAGUCUAUGCAGCCGGACCUCUGCCUGGGGGAAUCCCAGAUGCAGAUGGCGCUAUAGAAGAAGAUGACAGCGGGGCAGGUGAUGAAAUAAAGGAAGCGGAAGAACAACAAGAACCUAGGGCAUACUUCCCUGAGACGUGGCUCUGGGACAUCUACGAGAUCGGAGACGCGGGGUCGACGUCGUUCUCCGCCCGGGUUCCGGACACGGUGACGGAGUGGGUGGGCGAGGCGGUGUGCGUCAACCCCGAGCUCGGUCUCGGCCUCUCCCCGCCCACCACGCUCACGGUCUUCACGCCCUUCUUCCUUGACCUGACGACGCCGCCGUCCGUCCGCCGCCAGGAGCGAGUGCCGCUGCGCGUCUCCGUCUUCAACUACCUGGACCAGACGCUGCCGGUAAGCGUCAGCCUGAGCCCCAACGCGACGUUCACGGCCGAGGAAUACGCCCACAGCGUGUGCGUCCCCGCCCACAGCAUGCGCGUGGCCGAGUUCGUCGUGGUUCCGCAGGAGGCCGGGGACGUCGGCCUCACCUUCAGCGCCUCCGUCACGAGCGCCGACGAAGGCUGCGACGCCGGGGACGACCUGCCCACGAAGAGUGACGUCAUGAUAAAGCCGCUGAAGGUGGUGUUCGAAGGCGUGCAAAGAGAGAUAGUGCACGGCGUCUUCCUGUGUGGAGAUGGCGAGAACGAGACCUGGUCCCUGGCGACGCCCUCGGGAAUCGUCGAGGGAUCCGAGCGGGUGUUCGUGUCGGCCUCGGCGGAUCUCCUGGGGCCUUCCAUCGAGAAUUUGGGGAACUUGGUGAGAAUGCCCUAUGGAUGUGGAGAGCAAAAUAUGAUCAACUUCGUACCCAACAUUUAUGUGGUUAAGUACCUCGACUCAAUUGGCCAAGGUGACUCUGACAUCGUCGAUCAGGCCACCAGUUUUAUGAUCACAGGCUAUCAGCGGGAGUUGACUUACCGCCGGUCUGACGGAUCCUACAGCGCAUUCGGAGACAGUGAUUCGGAAGGGUCGACUUGGCUCACGGCGUUCGUUCUGAGGUCCUUCGCCGAAGCAUCACAGUACAUUACGAUCGACGAAAACGAUUUGCAAGUCACCGCUGACUGGCUGCUGAGUCUCCAGAUGGACGACGGCUGCUUCCAGUCCGUCGGGCAUGUUCAUCAUCAGGCGAUGAAGGGCGGCCUGGGCAGCGCCUCGGCCUCAGCAGUGCCCUCUCAGCCUACGUGGCAUCGCCCUGACUGCAUCGCGAGCGACACAGCUGCCACCGACGUCUACUCAGAGUCCCUGAAGGCCUACGCCCUCGCCUUGGCUUCGAGCGCAGACGCCCCCGCCCACAUCACUGCAGCGUACGACCUCCUGACCGCCGGCGAUGACGAGGGAGAGAGCAUCUGGGUCGAGAGCGCGGCGUACACCGUCCUGGCCAUGCUGAAGGUCGAUCACGAAGACUACGUCUCCCAGGCGGUCGACCUCAUCAGGAGAAUGUCAUCCCACCGCAACAGCCUCGGGGGUUUCCACUCGACUCAGGACACUGUCUUAGCCUCGAAGCCUUCGCUGAGUAUAGCAUUCUCUUCCACCGUCUGA